UCGAACUCCAUGUGUUCUGCAGAGCGAGUGUGAACGAGGAGCACCGAUGGAUUGAAAGGUUGCACUUUCAGCUGCGAGUGAAAAGUGCCUCAAGUAAGGUCGGGAGAUGUGUGAAGAAGUGUGACGGACGGCCAUGGGACUGGAGAGACGGUGGCUUGUCACCACUGCAGUAGCCAUCUGUCUGCUAAGUGUGUCUCAAGGUGUGUCAUCGUUGGUUCGUGCCAGAGUGGGGGGCUCUGCAGAGCUGGCCUGCAAUCUCACUCCAACAUCCACAGAAGACACCAGCCCAAACCUCUUCCCUCUACAUGUGGUGGAGUGGGUGCGCCUUGGUUACAGCGUUCCCAUCCUCAUCAAAUUUGGAGUGUAUGCGCCUCGUGUUCAUCCAAACUAUAAGGGUCGCGUGUCUCUGACCCGGGGUGCCUCCCUGCUGGUGGAACGGCUGACCCUUGAGGACGAGGGCUGGUUCGAAUGCCGCAUCCUUCUCCUGGACAGCAAGACAGACGACUUUCGAAAUGGCACAUGGACCUUCCUCUCCAUCACAGCUCCACCUGUGUUUAUCAAGAAACCGCCAACUUUUGUUGAGGUUCUGCUCGGAGAUUCGCUGACUCUCAGCUGUGGAGCCCAUGGCAACCCUCGGCCAACUGUUGUCUGGCACAAAGACGAGAGCCCAAUUGAGAAACAUGAAAAAAUAAAAGUACUCAAUGGUACCUUGUCUUUGGCCUCCGUCACAAGAAAUAUCUCAGGAGUGUACAAAUGUCACGUGUCCAACUCAGAGGGGAACCUGACCCACUCUUUGCAGCUGCAGGUCAAAGGUCCUCCAAUCAUCAUCAUCUCCCCAGAGGACACCACUCUCAACAUGUCCCAGGAUGGAGUUCUGCAGUGCCAGGCUGAUGCCUACCCUUCCAAUCUCACCUAUGAGUGGUUGAAACACGGACAGAAUGUUUACCAUAUUGAGUCCCUUAAAUCCAGAGUGAAAGUUCUGGUGGAUGGAACUCUUCUCAUCCCUAAUCUCAUCCCAGAAGAUGCUGGCAACUACACCUGUACCCCAACUAAUGGGAUACUGACCCCACCCUCUGCUUCUGCACAUCUGAAAGUGAAACACCCUGCACGUGUUGGCCGAAUGUCCCGGGAAACAUACUUGCCUGCGGGCAUGGAGGGGGUCAUUGUCUGUCCUGUCCAGGCUGACCCCCCUGUGCUGUAUGUCAACUGGACCAAAGAUGGAAACUAUUUAAAUCUUGACAACUUCCCAGGUUGGAUGGUAAACUCGGAGGGCUCCGUUUUCAUAGCAACAGCCAAUGAUAAUGCUGUUGGCAUGUAUGCCUGCACUGCAUAUAACAGUUAUGGCACCAUGGGCCAGUCUGAACCCACACAAGUCAUUCUAAAGGACCCCCCAUCGCUUCGAGUGCCUCCUCAACCUGAGUAUGUCCAGGAGGUGGGCAGAGAGCUGAUCAUCCCUUGUGACGCCAAUGGAGACCCCGCUCCAAACAUAACUUGGAGCAAGAUUGGCGCAACCCCUCGAUCUCCAUUCAGUGUGUUGGCCAAUGGCUCCCUCCUGCUGCAGCCCCUCAGUAAAGAUCACCAGGGGGGCUGGGAGUGCCUGGCCACUAACCGCGUAGCGACAGUCAGUGCAGGCACUGUGGUCAUGGUGCUGGGCACCAGUCCUCAUCUUGUAUUCUCUGUAUAUGUAACCACGGAGAUGAACCAGGCCAACGUAUCUUGGGUGCCUGGCUUUGAUGGAGGAUACACCCAAAAGUUCACAGUGUGGGUGAAGCAGGCAUCCAGGGGGAAACAUGAAUGGGCUUCAUUGCCUGUUCCCACAUCCAAAAAUUACCUUCUGGUAACCGGAUUACUCGCUGGCACCAGCUAUCAGUUCAGUGUUCUACCUCAGAAUAAACUUGGCUCUGGACCUUUUAGCGAAAUUGUUUCUGUGCGAACACAAGCUGUGCCCACAGAACCUCCUACGGCUGACAGCAUAAUCCUGGAUCCUCCCACGUUCCUGUCAGCCAACUGCACUGAACAAGGCGUCCUCCUCCAGUGGUCGCCUCCAGAGGCGCCAUCCUCUCCACUGACAGGCUAUGUGCUGCAGGUCCGCAGGGAUCAGGGCCGCUGGGUCAUCCUCAGCAACGACAUCAGUGCCAAUCAGAGCGAACUACUUGUACAAGGACUGAUACGGGACUCCAGUUAUGAUUUGAGGCUGAUGUCUUGCAGCAACAAAAUACUCAGUGAACCCAGUGAGGCUGUCAAUGUGUCCACCAUAGGGAUGGAGAUUUACCCUCUGCGCCCCAGUUUCUUGGAGGUCAUCCCUGAGCCCCUGUUGGCCGGAGUGUUAGCAGGAGUGUGCUUCCUGUUUGUGGCCAUCAUCCUCUCCUUGGUGACAGCGUGCUUUAUGAGUCAGAGAAGACGGCAGCGUCACAGGAAGAGAAGAAAAGAUCUGCCAUCUUCCUUCCGGAAGAACACAUCUCUAGAAGCUCGCUCGCCUCCCAGCAGCCCAGACAGUGUCCUGAAGCUGAAGCUGUGUCCACCACUUCCCUUCUUCCCCACCUCGUCUUCACAGUCUGACCGUUCCUCCUUCGAUAAAGGCAGCCGUGGGGAAUAUCAUGACCAGCGGAAACAACUCCUCGCCAACUCGUCUCCACCACCUCAUUACACACUUUUUGAGAGUCACUUGGGGUCUCAGGCUCCCUCGCCAACUGCUCUGGAGUCUAUUUCCAGGGGGCCAGACGGACGCUUCAUUAUCCAACCACUGCUAGAGGGUUCCAGUCAUUUAAAUAAUAAAAACUUGAAGAAGAAUGUCCUGCAUAUGAAUGGUGAGGCAAGUGGCUCAGGGAGCAACCGGGUGUCACUCAGGGACUCACCAAAGUCAAGCAUACUGAGCUCAGAGAAGGAGGAGAGGAAGGAUUCUCCUUUCACUGUGGACGUCCAAGAGCUCAACAGACCUCCUGCUUCACCUGGCCGGGUACGGGCCAUGGCCAGAAACUUCUCCCGUCAGGGCUGCUUUUAUUCGGACGAUGAACAAGGCUCAGAGUUUCUACUUGAAAGAGCCAGCUUCUAUUCAGACAACAGCGAGAAAAAACCCAGCGAUUCCCUCAGGAGACAUCGCAUGCCUGGCCACAGCGAAGAUCUGUUCUCCGGUUUGGGCGUUAGAACAAAGCUCCUGGACAGAGAUCAAGAUAGACCUCACCAUUCAGGCUACCAGCCGAUGGAAAGUGAGCUGACUAAUAACAGCACCCUGGUUUCACAGCUAGACAGUGGGCUGGAGAGGGAUAACAUUAGUAAGUGUGUGCAACUGGCAAAGGAGAGAGAGAAAAUGGAGAGGGAGCUAGAGAGCUAUACAGCCGAUCAGAGAAGCAGUAGCCGGGGAAGAGAUGAGCGACAGACAACAGACAGAGAUGCAGAGGAAGAGCCGGUAUGGAAGCCACAAGAUGUUACUAUCAGACAGAAACACAGGCCCUCGGGCCAGACAAGUCGGGUAUCUGACUAUCGGAAGGCGUGUUACUUCGGGAAGAGCAGCAGUCCCAUGGACCGGCUCCCUUCAUCUCGCAUACAGUGGGACAUCAGUCCUGUGACCGCUGUUACCAACCUCGUUCCUGCACAGAGCCCCCGAGAGACCACGUCACAGCAUCCUCGCACAUGUAGGGAAAUCUCCGAGGACUCUAUGGCAGUUGAUUCGUCUCCGGGCACCCAGAACACCUCCCUCCCCAUGCUCUCUCCUGAUGUCGCCUCAAAAAGCUCGCCCGUUUUGUGUUUAGAAACACCAACCAGAGCCCGGUCACUGAGUCCUCGGAGAGAGCUGGAGCAGGGCUUACAAGAAAGGACGCAGGCCGGGGGGUUCUCCUCAGGGUUCAGGCAUUCAUAUGCUUAUGCAGGCAAUCAGCCCUGGGAUUCUGCUGCCAGAGGUCCCAUAGGCGACAGUGAGAGGCCGCAAAGUUCACCACAAUAUCAUCAGCCCGACAGAACUAGAGACUACACAGCCAAAAGGGAUUCCAGUCCCUCAAGUUAUCCUACAUUGCCCUAUGAACACCAGGAUGCAGGGGCAAAGGCCAAAGACAGAGAGACUCGUGGCCGGUUGAGCUCUGGGUUUUAUUCAGACUUAGAAAGAGAGGGUGUCCGAACACGCUCCAGGAGGAGUGACAAAUGUCUUUUCUCGGAUAGUCCCAGCCCUCUUUCCACACUAACCCUCGUAGAAGAGGUAGAGAGCGAUCAGUCCCAAAUUUCUGUGCCUAGAAUGUCAGAGUCCUUCGAUGUCAAACCUGCUGCCCCGUCGCCCAAAGUGCCCCCGCUGCAGACAAGUGCAAUUCUCGAGUACCUGAGCCUUCCAGGUUUCAUCGAAAUGAGCGUGGAUGAGCCUGUGGAAGAAGCUGAAGUAACGGACACUGCUGGACAAAGUUCAGCACUUAAAGCAGAAACAUCACUGGUGGGAAAGCCUGACGUAGUUCCUAAAAACUGGGAGGUUCAUGUUAAAGACAUCCAAGGGGGUGGGGGUGCAGAGCCCGGCAUCGAUUCUUGUAGAAAACAAGGCCAUAAACGCUCGCUCCAUGUUGAAACUCGAGAUUCUUCACACAGAGUAAGAUUUCCUGAUGAAAUGAGACCUUCAUCACAUGGUCCAGAGAAAACAAGCAGGCAGCUCUAUGAUGAGAAAACACAAAUGCGGGCUGCGAAUAAAAGCACAGAGAGACCUGAAUCCAGACCUGAAUCCAGACCUGAAUCCAGACCUGAAUCCAGACCUGGAUCCAGACCUGGAUCCAGGUCAGCUCACACCUUGCUCAGUGCGGCAAAAGGCAUGGCAGAUUUAGUGUCAAAACAUUCCUGGGGUUUUGUAGACAGUAGUGAGUCUUUACCAGAGCAAUCCCAAAGACAUGCUCCUCAGGGCAGCAGGACUAAUAACAUUGCGUCCCGGAUUAAUCAAGUCCCUGUGCCAUUUCUUAGGAAAUCUAUAAGUGUUGGCCCGUGUAGGACGCUCUCAGGCAUGGGACCGCCUCGUCCUUUCCUAAAGAAAUCCAUCAGUUUAGGCUCACAGAGGUGGGAGCAUUUUGAGAGCCCCAGGACAUAUAUUUCCGAGAGGAGUUACUGGGACGAGUUCCCGAACCCAGAUGUCAGGGUGAAGUCCCACAGUUUGGGCCGUAAUCCAUCUUACCUUCCCAGGCCUGGCCCCUCAUGGAGGGAGUAUGUCCCUCUCAGACGGCCUAGCAUAGGAAGCUUAGAGAGGCCUCAUCACACACAAAGACCAUUAGCUAGUCCCUGCUACCUCUCUCCUGCUAUGUACCCACCGAGAAACACCUCAAUCUCCCCAAUGCUGGAACCCUCCGAUCCAAGACGGCAAGCCACUGUUUUUCCCGAGUCCUCCAGGUGGUCUCCUUCUUACCAAGAGACUCUGAGGUCUUCCCAGCAUCAAUAUGUCCCCAUGCCGUCCUGCAUUCCUGUGCCCCAGUACCAACACUGGCCCGGCUCCAGAGUGGAAAGCAUGAGACCUAUGGACCCCAGGAGGGGCCCUCCAAGAUCCUACCUGCCCAGAGGCAUCAGCUGGCCCUCCCCUUGUUACGCCCCCUUCCCGCCCAGGGAGGGAGAGAGUUACAGACAGCCAGACAGGAUGAUGGCUAGGGGAGGGGAGGCUGAGAUCAGGGAGGGCGGGAGGGCCAGUUAUGCCAGUCAGAGCAGUGGGAGAGGCAGCGCUGGUCUCUUCCAUCAUUCCCUGUCCAUCACUCCCACACUGCUCAGCUCCCCGGAGACGACGGAGGAGGGUGAGCGACACAGAGCUGAGAUGGAUCUGCCAGAGAGGAGAGCGAAAAGAAGGAACACAUCAGUAGAUGAAAGUUAUGAAUGGGACUCUGCUGAUGCCUGCGUGGACUCGGAGGUCCUGGACGCCAUGAGGUUUGAUCUGUCACAAGUGAGCUCCCGGAGAGGGAGGGGCGAGCUCAGAUAUGAUCAAGCAGGUGGCGUCCAGGACCAGCAACAGAAAGGCCCACCUCCCUCACCCAGCCCGCCAGUUUCCAACCCACAUCGCUGCCGGCUCAGCCGCUCCCUGAGCGAGGCGCGCUUCAACGCUCUCCGGCAGGAGUACCAAGAGUACAGGCGGGCUCAGGAAUCCGUCUGUUCCCGUGAGCCCUGUCUCAGCCCGGGCUACGAUUCAGACUCUGACGCCAACUCCGCACUGCUCUAGCAGUUUGACCUGAUACAUCUAACUCAGAUCGUAAAUAGCAGUUUAAUGAACAGACGACAGCACUGAGGCCCUGGAUAUUAACACCUCGCUGGAGCUUUCUCAUGUCAAAGAUCAUUCGUUGUCUAUAGUUCUUGUUCAAUGUUAUGUCGGACAUUAUGUAUUCUGUAUUGCAUCAAAUGUGAUGGACUGCAGCUCCUCAGUUAAUAUCCAAUGACAUGUUUGUUCCACAAAAUGAAGCCAGGAUGGGAUUAUUUAUUUUUCUGAGAAGCAUGUUUGUUUGGGGGGAGUUUGCUUUUAUACCAUGACAAUCAGGCCCACAGCGCCCCCUGGAGGAAUGGAAUGUUCACACUUUACGAAGACAGUUGUCCUGUUGAGAGUUGAGGAAGCCCUGCUUUAUAAAAGCUUCAUAGUGAGGGCUGAAUUUCAUCUUAAUGUCAGUCGCAUCAAAGGCCUCCCUUUAAAAAUAAAAUGAUGCUAAUGACAAUUACGUAGAUUCGUGUUGAUGAUCUGUUUGAGGUAGAACAUUUUGCCUGUGCUCACAACCUUUUCACCACCAUCCUCCUCUGUGUAUGACAAGUACUUAACUAAUAGUAAUUAAAGAUCACAUUAUUAGGUAACUGAUAAUUGUACUACAAAUGCUUUUAUCACCCAACUUUAAUACACCCCCAAACAUUUAUUUUCUAUAUUUAAAAGAAGAAGUUGUUUAUUUGACAUGACCUUUUGGUUCCCUGAAAUCGUACCUGACUUCCUGCAGUAAUGUUCAACUGUCAAGACUUAGUUCACCAAAUCACCUAACAUAGCCCCUAUUUGUUCAAAAUGUACAAAUGUUUAUAUGUACCUUAAUGUGAAUGCUCCCUGCUGUUCCUCUUCUUCAUUCCAUCAGAUGAAAACAUUUAACUUUACUCCACUUGAUUCUGUCAAACUUUUCCCGUGCGGUCAAAUAGGAAAAAACACAAGGGGAAAAGAUUUUUGCCUUAUUUGUAUUAAUGUCGUACGUACACUGGAUGAUUGACCCUGAAAGGGUUGAGCUGACGAGCUUGUCAGACAAAACUGAUUAGAGGAUUAAAAAUGUUUGAAAUGAA